GUUCCCCAUGCUGUAGCUCUGGUCGAAUAUAAACUGCGAAGCUACCUCGACAUCAGCCACAACGACGCUUUGUUUGCUAGCCAUGGUGAACUUCUCACUUUCUCCAGAACAGAGAGCACUUCGCUCUAGCGUGAGGGACUUCGCACACGAUGUCUUAUCUACAGCACCCGGACUCUACAACCACCUCCCCACUCAAACGACACGCUUUCGAUCUACACUUCCUACAUAUCGAUCUGCGGUCUCCGCAGGCCUUAUCAAAGGUCAAAUCCCAACACCUUACGGUGGAGCCUCUGCUUCCAUGGUGGACGCCGCCAUCGUCGUCGAGGAACUCUAUGCUGUAGAGCCAAGCACUGCUCUCACCAUUCUCGGGACUGGGUUGGGACUAACGCCCCUGAUACUGGCUGGGAAUGGAGAGCAGCGCGAGAGGCUAUUGACGCCGUUCACGAGACAGGAAGGCGAGAGACUGGCAGCUUUCGUGCAUAGUGAACCCAAUGGAACAGCGAACUGGCUCCGCAAAGGGAGCCCGGGUCUACAAACGACAGCUUACCAGGAUGGGGAUGAGUGGGUUGUCAACGGAGAAAAGCUGUGGACGACCAACUCCGGCGGAUGGGACGCUCGGGGUGCGGAUGUGCAGUGCGUUGUGUGCCGACAAGGACGACCGGAUGAGAUCCAGGAAAUAGCAACUGAUCCAUCUUCGCACAUACUGAUGCUGGCCAUCACCCGCGAAGAUAUCGCCAAUAAUGAGCCUGGCGCUUACGAAGUGCUCUCGGAUCCCGAGCUUGGCGGCCACAAAUCCACCAGCGGACCCCAUACCCGCUUUACGAAUCUUCGCGUGCCUGCAGCAAACCUGCUAGCUGAGCCCGGAGAGGGUGCGCAGUUGGUUGAAAAGACAUUUGGCAUGAGCGCCGCGAUCGUGGGGGCCAUGUGUGUGGGCAUCAUGCGACAUGCCUUCGAAGUUGCACUCUUGUUUUGCAAGAGCAACGCUUGCGGUGGCACAGAACCUAUUAUUGAAAAGCAGAGCGUGGCAGAUCGACUCAUCGAUGUCAAAAUGAAGAUCGAGGCUGCGAGAGCGCUCACAUGGAAGGCUAUGUGUGUUCUGGAAAGUAAGGAACAAGCCUUGGGAUGGGAGCAGAGGUUGGAAAUCGCGCUUGAAGCAAAAGUGUGGUGCAGCGACAUGGCGCCAAAAGCCGUGAUAGAGUGCAUGAGUGUUGUCGGCAUAAGAGCAUACGCAGAAGACAUGCCAUUCUCGCGUCUGUUACGGGACGCAGCUUGUUUGCCCUUGUUUGAUGGCGGAAACGUCGGCGUUCGGAGACGCCAGAUCGAGGGGGUUUUACAAAGGGAUGAUUACGAGCCUUGGGCUGCAACAUUCAAUUCGUAGCUUGAUCGUACUUCUAUCUAUAAUGCCUAGCAG